GCAGACCAUAGAGGACAAGCACGACAUUGUCAUCGGAGCCCUUCCUGGCUGUGGCCUCGGGGUUCACUACGAACACAUCCCUCCGCUGGAUUGUUGCCUUUCGUGACUGCUCGGUAUCUUUCAGACGAGAGGAGCAUCGAGCGAAAUGGCGGCCAUGGCUUCCGUGUGCCGGGCAGGAGGCAGUGUGUGUGCGAGUAGCAGUAGGUGCGCGCCCACGCCAGUAGCACGAUCCGCUUCGGGACUUGGAAGUGUGACCUUUUUUGAAAGCUUUCCGCGACGAUUCUUAUCUCAGAAGUACCACACGGUUCCUGCACAAUUUCUGGGCAAAUCUUACAAACUCCGAGCGCAGUCGCCAAAUCACCAAGGUGGCGAAGAGCCAGAGGAUGAACAGAUACCAGAAGUUUCACCAAAGUUGCCGUCUAUACCUUACGGUUUAAUCACAGGUCUAGCUUCUGUAGGGUUUUUGGAGACAGGCUAUCUGACAUGGGCGAAAGUAACUGGGGGCUCGGUAACCUGUCCUAUCGGAGCCGGCUGUAGUGAUGUUCUUGACAGUAGCUACGCCUAUGUCUUCGGUGUGCCACUGGCUCUGAUUGGUAUGGUUGCAUACGGAUCGAUUGCUUUUUUAAGUGGCAACCGUCUGCUUGCUAGAGAUUCUUCUGGGAAAGAGGAAGAAGUUUGGGCUCGUUGGCUUUUGCUCGGUGGCACCACAGCGAUGGCAGUUGCAAGUUCUUACUUUAUGUACAUUCUGACUACUAAACUGGGCGGAGCUUCGUGCGCUUUCUGUGUCGGCUCAGCUCUUCUUUCUCUCAGUCUGCUUUUCUCCACUCUUCCGGUGCGGGGCCCUUCUUUCGGCAGCAGUUCGCCCGUGAAUUGGAAACGGCUUUACAUAUAAGGAUGUGCGAAACAUAGCAGGGUUGCAGCUGGCAGUAGGGGCUACGGUGGUGGUGGGCUUAUCUGUCGCCUUCGGUGAUGCGAAUUCAGCGUUUGCAAGGUCCGGAGAAAUUGAUCUACCUCCCGUAGAACCGGAGGUUGUAACAAUCUCCACGUCGAAAGAAAUAAGUCUUGCGAAACAUCUCCAGUCGAUUGGAGCCAAAAUGUACGGAGCUUUCUGGUGUUCUCAUUGCUACGAACAGAAACAGAUGUUCGGACGCGAGGCCAUGAAGUUUGUAGAUUAUGUGGAGUGCUACCCCGAAGGCUACAGGAAGGGUGUACAGCUUGCUAAGGCCUGCGAUGCUGCUAACAUUCAGGGCUUUCCGACGUGGAUUAUCAAAGGCCAGACCUACUCCGGAGAACAAGAUUUUGAAGGCCUGGCUAAAGCUUCCGGUUUCGACCUUGCAAAGCUAAAGUAGCCGGUCCUUAAAUUAGACGUAAACGGGAGAGUUACUCUCCUGGUCGAGGUUGAGGUUUUAACGUACGAAUCAGUCGACAUCGUCUUCAUAUGCCAGUAAGCUGCAAUGAACAUGUAGAAGAUCUCACCUGUAAAUCUGCCACCUUGGAUGCCAAAGAACACGCCAACGGCAGUGUAAAAUAUUAGGAACCAAAUUAAAACCUCAAGCUUCUAAUUAACUUCUGAUUCUCUUUGAAUUUAUAUUCUUCUCU